GGAUUAGGUUAGUAUGCAAUCUAUGUUAAUAAUUUAGAAUUUGUUGAAUGGAUGUUACCAUCAUUCGUAAUUUUUUUUCAAACUUUGAGAUUUAAAAUGUCUUCUUCAUCAAAUUUGUCGUUAAUACCAAGUGGUGUUCGUGGCAUGAAGCGUCUUGAUCGUGAAAAAUUCUUACGUAAUAUUACAGUACCAAUUUUAAAAGUGCCAGAUGAGAAACUAUCCACAGUUAUCUCAAUUUGUAAACCGUAUUUUUUAAAACUUCAAAAAUUUAAGCCUGUGCAAAAUUUAUUAGUUAAACCAAGUGAAAAAUUAUACAAGUGCAUUUAUUUCGAUCCCGAGAAAAUAACAAAAUGGCAUAACUUUUCGGAAGAUGAUCGCAAAAAUCUACAAGAAUGUGACAUAGAUGAAAAUAAUUUUGAUUUACAAGAGAUUCAAGUGACAUAUGACAAUUUCAAGCAUGAUACUAUUUUCAAAGCAGUAUUACCGGAAAAUGAGGAGACAAUAAGUGGCUUUUCACAAAUUGGUCACAUUAUACACCUUAACUUGCGUGACCAUCUUUUGGAAUAUCGCUCCCUUGUUGGUGAAGUUCUAGUUGACAAAAUACAAAAUUGCCGGACAGUAAUUCAUAAAACCGGCAUUAUUGAUAAUACAUAUAGAAAUUUCAAAAUGGAAGUGAUCGCUGGAGACGAAGACUUUUUGGUUACAGUUAAAGAAAGCAGGUGCAUUUUUCAAUUUGAUUUCUCAAAAGUUUAUUGGAAUCCACGCUUAAGUAGAGAACAUGAAAGGAUAUUAGAAUUGCUCUCACCCGGGGAUGUUUUAUUUGAUAUCUUCUGUGGUGUAGGACCUUUUGCUAUUCCAGCUGCUAAACAAAAAUGUAAAGUAUUUGCUAAUGAUUUAAAUCCUGAAUCAUAUAAAUGGCUUAAUCAUAAUGCGCAGCAGAAUAAAGUCAACAUGAAUCUUUUCAAAUCUUACAACUUAGAUGGCAAAGACUUUAUUUGCACAACAUUCAAAACAUUUGUAACAAAUUAUUACAAUGGAAAAGAGACAUUGAAGAAAGGAGCCAAAAUCCACAUAACAAUGAACUUGCCGGAAUUGGCUGUUCAAUUUUUAAAAUAUUUUAAGGGAUUAAUAAAGGACACUCAACUUAAUGAUAAAUAUGAUUGUGACAUAUUUGUAUAUGUGUACUGCUUUUCAGUUGGAGAAGAUCCAUAUGCAAUUGCUAAACAAAUGGUAAAUGAUAAUAUCGGUAAAGACAUAUCAUCUAACAUAGUUGACGUUUUUGAUGUCAGAAAUGUGUCUCCUAAAAAGGAAAUGAUGAGGGUAACAUUUAAGCUAACAAAAGAAAUAAUUUUUGAUAAUAACUCGGAUGAAACUGAAGAACCUCCAUGUAAAAAACAAUGUUCAAAUGACAAAGAUACAUAAUUUUUUUAUUUUUUUUUAAGUAUAUUUUUAAGUAUACAUUAUCUAUUUCUUCUAUAAUCUAUGACAAAGGCAGGAGGAGUUAAGAUAACUAAACAACUGUAACUGCAGUUUGUGAAUAAUUUAUGGUAUUAAAUAUGGAUAUACAAUAUGGAUUAGUGAACAAAAUUUCAUUGUGGAUGUUAACAAUGUUGAUUUUUGAUGUUGUGAAAUUAAAAUUAAAGUGGAUAUAAGUAUUAAGUGAAAUUGUGUUGUGUUAAAAAUAAUGAUAUAUUCUUAAAAACUGUUUGUAGAGCAUAAUAUAGCAGAGCUAUAGCAAAUCUCAUGCAUUAUGUCAAUCUUAGGUUUGUUUAUCAUUAGUCCUCCUGCCAAUGGGCCGGAAUAUAUUAUAAAAAUAAGUAAAUAAUAAAAAUAUGUUUACUAA